AUGCUCCCGGCGGAGCCCAACUGCUCGCACUCGACAAGGCAGUCCAUCCACUCGCGGCAGCUGAAGUCGAACUUCCACUCGAUGCGGCUCGCGCCGGAUUGUGAGCUCGGCGAGCGAGCGCUGCAUUGCGACCGCAGUGGCUCAGCUCAGCCAGGGCUCGCUCGCCCAAGCUCGGAGCCGCUGCCGGUCAUGGGCAGCAACAAAGAUUUGACGCGUCGCUCGGUGCAGGAGGGCACUGCAGUAGAGGUGCAGAGGCCGUCCGGCGCGCGCGCGAUGGGCUACGGCUUCAUUGGCAGCUACCAGAGCGCGUCUGGAGCGCUGCCAUUGCCCGAGCUCCGGACGCCAAACGGGCCGGAAGGAGCCGAGGCUGGGCGCUCGUCAGGCGUGCGGAGGCGAUCUUCUUCGGCUUGGACCAAGCGUACCAGCCCUCCGGGGCUGCCGCGGGUCGCCCAAGUGGUCACCUUCCAGCUGAUGGAGUGUGCAGAUGAUGCCAUUAAGGCGCUCUUCGCCGCCGACGGAGCCGGCCUGAAGGGAAAGGUGUCCAAAAAGAAGGCGCUCGCGCAGCUCCUGUGCGACUAUGGAGGACCCGUCGCCAGACGACGCAGGGCAGAAGACGGUGAGGCGGAGCAGACGUGCAGGGCGAGACGAGGGAGGGAGCAGGACUUUGCGGAGAUCAGCAGGAGGAUGUACGAAGAGAUUAGGAGCAGCAGGGACCCGAGGGACCAUGACCCUGAGUUCGUCGGGGGGGUGUUGCCGGCGCUGGUAGAUGAUCUCUCGGAGAAGAGCCGGAGGGACCUUGGCGCCGGGGUCACGAGGAACUUGCAAGUCGUGGCCGAGGCGGCGACGGGAGCGGUGCAGAGAGGCUCGGCCGGCCUUGAGGGAGUCGCGGAGGAGGAGGGAUAA